UGUACAAGAAAAAAAAAAUUGAAAGUUUUCAAUUUAAUAGUUUGAAACUAUAAAAUUUUUGAACACACCCUAAAAAAAUAAGACUGCUGUAUGUAAAUACUACAGUAAAAUACAAUAUAUACUUCAGUAAAUGCAGUUAAUUUAAAAGAUGAUUCCACAAAGCAAUGCCACUUUGCUAGAACAGUUGAAACUGUAUGGGGUUGGCCAUAGAAGUUACGACGAUGAUCUUUUUGCUGAUGAAAAACCUCCGCCAAAAUUCGGCAUAUAUGACGAGGAUGACGAGAACUUAUGCCAUGAAGUGGUUAAAUCAGUCUGCCACAUACCGGGCUGCACAUUUUCGGCAGAAUCCCUCUUAGACUUCGAGAAUCACUAUAACACGUCCCACCGGUAUUCGUGCAGCCAAUGCAAGAAGAUUCUUCCCUCGCCACACCUUCUGGACUUGCACAUUCAGGAGAGCCACGAUUCCUUCUUCGCCGUACUGGCAACACGAAAGCCAUCGUAUUGUUGCUACAUAGAAGAAUGCAAAGAAAAAUUUACGAAUGCAGAAGAAAGACUCGAUCACUGCGUGAACGUCCAUCGACUCCCGAAAGACUAUCGAUUCGAUAGGGUUCAAUUAAAACUUCCGAGAGGGAAGAAAAAUAAAAAUAAACAAACCAAAGAGGGAGGCAUGGAGGUUGACUGUAGUAACACAUCGACACAACAUGCCGAACUUAGAAAUGAACCAAAAAAGUUCUCAUUUGUUAAUAGUAAACAGAAAGCCUUCACAAAGUACACUGGAAAGAAAUUUACAGAUGAGGACAGAGAAAAUAAAGAUAAUAAACAUGUUAACAUUGACACAGCCAUGGAAGAACUCAAAGAGAGUUUACCGUCGUAACCCAGCCAAGUACAAAUAUACCCCCAAAAUUUAAAUUGUAAAGAUUAGGGUUUUGUGCAUUUUUAUUUGAGCAGCACACUACGUACCUACUAUCUUAUGAAAAAAGGCUAAGAACAAACUGAGAGACAUACUUAAAAUCUGCUCAUAAGACUGUGUCUUGGUAUAUUUAAGAGUAAAUAAAAUAAAUAUUUAGACGA